GGUGGAAGGCGAGAGAUAAUUUUCUUUGUUUCUUUGCCAUAUAUUUUGUUUUUCAUUUCCAAAUUAAUAAUUAAUUAGGUAAACAGAGGGUCUUCUGAAAAAUGACAUUACCAGGAAAGCCCCAACCGUUGAAUUUCAAGCCUUCCUCCUCCAAAUGUCACUACACAUCUGAAAUCCAUAUUAAUUUGCUUUUCAUGCAUUGCUAUACAGAUAUUUUCAUACAUUUUCGAUCGAUAUCGGAUCAUACAAAGGCAAAUCCAAGAACCCUAACCCUAGCUUCGUCCCCCUUUUCCCCUCUGCAACAAUCAGAAUUUGAUCGGAAAAAUCAGGUAAAAGUUAGGGUUUUGUACAUUUCUCAAUCCUUUGCAGUCAGUAAAUUCUCUGUGCAAUUAAAGAUUCAAUCUUUAUGGACCCACCAUUUUUCUCUGUACUUACAUUCACUGUAUAAUCUGAGCAUUUCUGUAUAGAAUUUGUGUAUGAGAAUUGCAGUAUAUUGGGAUCAAAUACAAAAAUGCAAUCCAAAACCCUAACCCUAGCUCCAGCUCUCAAUUUUUUUCCAAAUCUCAAACCUCCACACAAAACCCUAGCUUUCCACCAAAUUUCAGUCCUAAUCAUCACCUUCCUCGCUUAUGCUUCCUUCCAUGCCUCCAGAAAGCCCCCAAGCAUUGUCAAGAGCGUGCUUGGGCCGGCAUUUCAGGCCAAUUCAAGCUCCGUCGACACGGGGUGGGCUCCCUUUGAUGGUCCCCGGGGCACUCACCGGCUAGGAGAGCUUGAUCUUGCGUUUCUUUCCGCGUAUUCGAUCGGAAUGUACUUUGCAGGACAUGUCGGUGAUCGAAUUGAUUUGAGGCUGUUUCUUGUAUUUGGGAUGAUGUGUAGUGGCAUUUUAACAAUAUUUUUCGGGUUAGGAUAUUGGUUUGAUGUUCAUGUAUUGGGGUACUUUAUGGCGGUUCAAGUUCUUUGUGGAUUGGUUCAGUCGAUUGGGUGGCCUUGUGUGGUGGCUAUUGUGGGAAACUGGUUUGAGAAAGGGAAGAGGGGGUUGAUCAUGGGGAUCUGGAGCUCACAUACCUCAGUUGGAAACAUCAUUGGGUCGGUUGUGGCAUCAGGGGUUUUGGAAUUCGGAUGGGGUUGGUCCUUUGUGGUGCCCGGGGUUUUGGUGAUUUUGGCUGGGAUUGUGGUGUUUCUGUUUCUUCCUGUGUGUCCAGAAGACUUGGGGUUUGAGUCUCCAGUGAAGGAGAUUCAGAUGAAUGUGGAAGUUAAUGGCGUGGAGAAUUUGGAGGGGAAAGUAGAAUCAGAGGAAGCAGGGCUUCUUGGAACAGAGUAUGCAGAUGCAGACACAGGUUCUUUGGCUGCAAUUGGGUUUCUGGAGGCAUGGAGGUUACCGGGUGUGGCACCAUUUGCUUUCUGCCUCUUCUUUUCGAAGCUUGUGUCUUACACUUUUCUGUACUGGUUGCCCUUUUACAUAAGGCACACAGCUGUUGCCGGCGUGCAUUUGUCACACAAAACUGCCGGGAACCUUUCAGCCAUAUUCGAUAUUGGAGGUGUCCUUGGCGGAAUUCUAGCAGGAUUAAUAGCUGAUAUGAUAGAAGCUCAAGCUGUAACCUCAAUCGUGUUUUUGUUACUUUCCAUUCCAGCCCUUGUUCUCUACCGGCUUUAUGGCAGCCUAUCGAUGGUCACCAACAUUCUUUUGAUGUUUCUUUCUGGAUUGCUGGUGAAUGGCCCGUAUUCACUCAUCACAACAGCGGUUGCAGCUGAUCUUGGUACGCAAACCACGAUCGUAGGAAAUUCCAGAGCAUUAGCUACUGUGACGGCAAUCAUAGACGGAACAGGUUCGGUUGGGGCAGCUAUUGGCCCGCUUUUGGCCGGGUAUAUCUCCACGACGGGGUGGAACAACGUGUUUGUUAUGCUAAUUCUUGCUAUUUUCUGUGCAACUUUGUUUUUGAUUCGGAUUGCGAGAACCGAGAUUAAAGGGAAGUUGAAUGAGGGAAAUGGUAUUUGUAUAGCGGUAUAGAAGGCAGUCAAUGAUUGAGAUUUUCUAUUUUCCUGUCAUUACCACAAAAUUAAAUUUUAGGCAGAUCCAUUUACGUGUACCUUUUUUUUGGUAUCUCAUUCUUUUGUACUACAUUCAUUAUUCAGAACACAACUUAUUGAUUGUAAAUUCUUCAA